AUGGAUUCAACUUAUUCACGUAACAAGCUUUCCAAACCCUCACCAACCACAAAAUUUCACCUUUACUUCCUCCUCGUCUUUCUCUGUGCAGCUUUUUAUUUCUUAGGCACAUACCAACAACGCUUACGUUUCACCUCUCUCUCUAAACCAACAACCCUAACACCAUUAACAUGCAACCUCCAAAAUCCCAAAACUACUCUCGACUUUCAGUCUCACCACAACGCCACCACCGCGAAACCAACAACCUCGUCCACAACCAUUUCCUUCCCUCGCUGCGCCGCGAAUUUCACCGAAUACACGCCGUGCGAAGAUCCGCAACGGUCUUUGAGAUACGAACGUGAUAGACUGAUUUUUAGAGAGAGACACUGUCCGGUGAAAGGAGAAGAGGAUUUGAAGUGUAGAGUUCCGCCGCCUUAUGGUUACCGGAAUCCCUUCCCGUGGCCGGCGAGUAGGGACGCGGCUUGGUAUGCUAAUGUGCCGCACCGGGAAUUGACGGUGGAAAAAGCUGUGCAGAAUUGGAUCCGGUACGACGGUGAUCGGUUCUUUUUUCCCGGUGGAGGAACUAUGUUCCCUAACGGUGCUGAUGCGUACAUUGAUGAUAUCGGAAAGUUGAUCAAUCUCAAAGAUGGUUCUAUUAGGACUGCUCUUGAUACUGGUUGUGGGGUUGCUAGUUGGGGAGCAUAUCUUGCAUCACGUAACAUAAUAACACUAUCAAUAGCACCAAGAGACACACACGAAGCACAAGUUCAGUUUGCUUUGGAACGAGGAGUUCCUGCAUUGAUUGCUGUCUUAGCCUCCAAGAGAUUACCUUUCUCUUCAAGAGCUUUUGACAUCUCCCACUGCUCUCGCUGCCUCAUUCCAUGGGCUGAACAUGAUGGCCUUCUUCUAAACGAAGUCGACCGAGUUUUACGCCCCGGAGGUUACUGGAUUUUAUCUGGUCCACCAAUUAACUGGAAGAAACACUAUAAAGGUUGGCAGAGAACCAAAAAAGACUUGAAUGAAGAACAAAACAAAAUUGAGAAAGUAGCUAAAAGUCUUUGCUGGAAAAAGCUUAUUGAGAAAGAUGAUAUUGCUAUCUGGCAGAAACCCAAAAACCAUUUGGGUUGCAAAUCCGCCACAAAACGCUCAUUUUGCAGUGCACAAGAUAAUCCCGACAAAGCCUGGUAUACCGAAUUGCAAACAUGUUUGAGUCAUGUGCCUUUAGUGUCCAACAAAGAAGAAACUGCUGGUGGGAUAAUAGAGAACUGGCCACAGAGGCUUGAGUCUGUUCCUCCUAGGAUUCAGAAGGGUACCAUUGAAGGGGUUACUUCUGAAACUUAUUCAAAAGAUUCUGAGCUUUGGAAGAAAAGGAUAUCACAUUACAAGAAAGUGAAUAAUCAGCUAGGAACUAAGAGAUACCGUAACCUUUUGGAUAUGAAUGCUAACUUGGGUGGAUUUGCUUCUGUUUUAAUUAAGGAUCCUGUUUGGGUUAUGAAUGUUGUUCCUGUUCAGGCUAAGGUCAAUACACUUGGAGCAAUAUAUGAAAGGGGAUUGAUUGGAAUAUAUCAUGAUUGGUGUGAAGCAAUGUCUACUUAUCCAAGAACCUAUGAUUUAAUCCAUGCUGAUUCUUUGUUCAGCCUUUACAAUGGAAGAUGUGAAUUGGAAGCUAUUAUGCUAGAAAUGGAUAGGAUUCUUAGACCUGAAGGAGCAGUAAUAAUCAGAGAUGAUGUUGAUGUGUUGUUGAAAGUAAAGAGCAUUGCAAAUGCAUUGGAAUGGGAUAGUGCUAUUGUAGACCAUGAAGAUGGACCACUUGAGAGGGAAAAACUUCUAUUUGUUGUCAAGAAGUAUUGGACCGCUCCUGCUGCUUCUGUCAAGACUAAUUAA